AUGCACACACAGAACACACACAACACACACAUCGGGACCACCAUAACCACCGCUCCACCACCACCGGAGAAUCCACACCAAUCGCCAACCGAGCCUCUCCACUGCCGGCUUCCGGCUUCUCAGGCGGCAGCCGCUUCAGCACCGCCGGUCAGUUGCAGAUUAUGGCAGCGGCGGUCCGUAGCAGAAUAUAAUCACAGAGUCGGCACCGACAUCCGCCACCGAUUUCCGCGGCUCCAAACCCACCGCAGCCACUGCCGCGCCUUCAUUCCACUACCUGACCUCCGCGGACAAGCUACUCCGGCUGUUCAAGGGAAGUUUGCGGCCAAGAUGCUUCCCCGCGUGAUGAUGUCCGGCUGCCUCUGCGUAAUCUCCGUCGUGUUGGGGCUUGGCUUGCUGCUCGUAAUCCUAGAGCUCACCGUCUUCAAGAUGUAUUCUAGAACUUCCCUCUCCUUCUUCACCUUUAGCAAUUUCCACUAUAUGUUUUCCCCUGCUCUCCUCAGCAUUAUGUACACCCUCUUGAGAUUUAGCCACAGAAUCAUCUGA